AUGCAUGUAACUUUAAAGAAAAUAACUUAUUAACAUUUGCAAUCUCAUUGUGAUGAGCUUAUAAUGGCCCUAGAGAAUCAAAAUCUCAACUCUCAAGAUGUUGAUCAAGAGGUUCAGCAACUUCUUAAUUCUCUCCCUAAAGCAAAGGGAUGGGUGGAUGCUGGUUUAUCUCUAUAUCACCAUUUUUGGUGCCCAUCAAUAAUUCUUGGUAACGUAAUAUCCUUCGAACGACAUUUUCAGGCUCAAGAACACGACAUUAUACUUGCUUCCAUGCCGAAAACCGGAACAACUUGGCUCAAAUCUUUGAUCUUUUCCAUUGUUAACCGCUCUCGCUAUUCGUUUUCAAACACCCCUUUACUAACCUCAAGUCCUCAUCAACUUGUGCCCUUUUUAGAGUUAACUUUAUUUGCUAAUAAAGAUCAUCUUCCGGCCGAUCUUUCAACAAUUCCAUCUCCUAGACUUUUCGCUACGCAUAUUCCAUAUCCAGCGUUACCUGAAACAAUCAAACACUCGAGUGAUUGUCGUAUUGUUUACAUUUGUCGUAACCCUUUUGAUAGUGUAGUUUCUGCUUGGCAUUUUUUCUCACAAUCAAUGAUUGAAGAAGGUAAGGCUAAUAGUUCAUUCUCCAUUGAUGAAAUUUUUGACCUUUCUUUCAAGGGUUUAUCCGCGUAUGGACCGUUUUGGGAUCAUGUGCUUGCCUACUGGAAUGAGAGUUUGGCGAACCCCGAAAAAGUGUUAUUUUUGAAGUACGAAGAUUUGAAAGAGGACGCGGUCUCUCACUUGAAGAGAUUGGCUGAAUUUAUAGGACACCCGUUUUCGCAAGAGGAAGAGAGUCAAGGAACGAUUGAGGAGAUAAUUAGGGUUUGUAGUUUAAAGAAUUUGAAGGAAUUGGAGGUGAACAAGAACGGUAAGUUUAUGCCAAGUUUUGAAAACAAGUUGUUUUUCAGGAAAGGUGAGGUUGGUGAAGGGAUAAAUUGUCUCUCAAAUGAGAAGAAAAAACUUCUUGAAAAUGUAAUGCUUGAAAAGUUAAAGGGUUCAGGUCUUUCUUUUAAAUGUAUAUAAUUUCUUACUCAAAUGGUAUAAGUUUCUUUCAAAUGUAUACAAAAGAUUUUGCAUUGCUGAUUAAAAUAUCGUAAUAUGUUGUUUACUUUU